AUGCUUAGCGCACGGAUAGUUGGCUUUUUGAGCACUUCCAGAAGUUUUGGAAAAUGCUUCAAUUUAACAUCGCGAUUCACACGAGAUGGAUUGCGCGAUCGAUUGCGUCAUCAAGAGAUGAAAGAAUUCGCAAAAACACGAGAAGCAAUCCCUCCAAAAAUCCCAUUGCCAGAUGCAAGAUCACUCAGACCAAUUCGUGAUUUAACGAAGGUGAGCUAAUUCUAUGGAGACAUGUUAAUAAUUUGAAUUUUUGCAGUGUCUCAAGUUCACAAUUUUCACCGGCGUCACAACAUUCACAAUCGCAAUUGCUCACGAAGUUUUGACACGAAAAGAGUCAUUCGGUCAACAGGACAUGUAUAAUAUGGUAAAGCAGUUUUUCGUGAUGCCUGAUGGAACAAAUGUUCGAAUAGAAUCGAAAACCAGAGAAUUUACUGACGGAGAAAAGCACAUUGCAUUGCUAAUCGGGUUGAAUGCGCUGGUAUUUUUGGCAUGGAAGGUGAAAAAAUUGGCGCCGAUUAUGCAGCAAUAUUUUACCAAUAGUUUUGCAUCGAAAUCAUUAUGCUUACCAAUGUUGCUCAGCGCCUUUUCACAUUAUUCGCUUAUACAUUUCGGGUUGAAUAUGUGAGUGGGCUUUUCAGAGCACGUUUUGAAAUUUCAAGCAUUUCUGAAUCGUGAAAAAUCAAGCGGAGAAAAAGAUUUCCUCAGAAGCUUUCUGAUAAAUAAAUAUUUAUAAAUAUAAUUAAGGUAUGUGACAACAACAUUCGCCACCAAAAUAAUCGAUAAAUAUCUCGGAGUUGAGCAAUUUUGGGCAUUCUACAUCACCGCUGCAGUCGUCUCCUCAUUCGUCAGCUUAAUCGAUAAAGCAUUGGUUCGAAGUCCGAUUCGUGCUCUUGGAGCAAGUGGAGCUAUUCUUGCUAUUUUAACUUAUACUUGCAUGCAGAUUCCGGAAGCAAGAUUAUCAUUGAUUUUCCUGCCAGGAUUCGAUUUCAGUGCGCAAAACGCGGUUUAUGGAAUUAUUGCAUUUGAUUUUAUUGGUUUAUUAUUACGGUUCCGAUUAUUCGAUCAUGCUGCUCAUCUUGGUGGUGCUCUUUUUGGAGUUGCAUACGCGCUCUAUGGACAAACUCAUAUCUGGGAGGGAUAUGGACAAUAUAUUGAAGAUUUAAUAAGACCAUCAAAAUAA